AUGCCAAGUGACGAUCAGUUCUUCCCUGAAUAUCUUGCUUCCCUACCCAAUGACGUAAGGCGGUACUCCGAACAAGUCGCCGACUCGAUCGAUCGAUCCGUCGACCAGGCAGCGAACGCCAUUCGGAAUACUCUAUCGGAACAGACAUGGCUACCGUCUACUGUGCGACCGCGGAUGCGCGCUUCUCAGAUGCGCGCAUCUCCCCGUGGUCUGACCGACCGAGUCCAGGACUGGAUGAUUCGGAACCGCGCGUGGACCGCGGCUAUCCUUGCGUUUGUCGGCACGGGCUGUAUUUUGCUGUAUGGAAGUAAGAAACUAAACGGAAAACGGAGAAAGGCUAGAAAAGCCGGGAAUGGGUCCCGGAAAGAGAUUGUUGUCAUUGCUGGAUCACCACAUGAGCCUAUGACCAGGGCGAUCGCGGCGGAUUUGGAGCGCCGGGGAUACAUUGUCUAUGUGACAGUAUCCUCUGCAGACGAGGAACACAUUGUCCAGUCCGAGAAACGGGCUGAUAUCAAAGCGCUUUGGUUGGAUCUUACCACUACAUCCUCGAACCCUUCAGACCUUCACCCCUCCUUGCACGAACUCCGCACCUUGAUCACACAGCCCCAGUCCCCCUCACCAGGAAUGCCUUCGCAUACCUGUCAACUAAGCGGUCUGAUCAUCGUGCCGUCUCCCAACUACGCCGGAGGCCCCGUCGCGACCAUUCCUCAGUCCUCAUGGGCAGACACCAUCAACACCCGCAUCCUGUCACCAAUCCUUACCGCGCAGGCCUUCCUCCCCCUAAUGACUCUCCGCAAUAACAACAGCUCCAUUGUCUUCGCCUACCCAGCCAUCUCCUCAUCUCUAUCCGCCCCCUUUGCCGGUCCAGAAGUCACCGCCACCCGCGCUAUCUCCGGAUUCGCAGCCUCCCUUCGACAAGAGCUCCGACUUCUGGAACGUGGCAACGUUGACGUUGUCGAGCUUCGUAUGGGUAACAUUGACCUGGGACCUGCUUACCGCAACCCCCAGGCACAAAUCACUGGAACGGAGGUCCUGGCCUGGAGUGUCCAGCAGCGCGCCCUUUACGCUCCCCAGUAUAUGUCCAGCAUUGAACAGCGACCUGUUGCAUCUGCCGGUCCCGGCGCCGUAAGAGGUUCCUCAGCGCGUUGCCUCCACCACGCUGUAAUGGAUGCUCUGGAGCCUCCAACGCUCAACUUCCUGGGACAGAAGAAGUCUAAGAAGUCGGUCAUGUACGUUGGCCGGGGCGCUCGGUCCUAUAGUGUGAUUGGCGCGUGGGUCCCGAGUGGACUGGUUGCCCUAAUGAUGGGCUAUCAAAGCGGAAAUGCAGGCACUGAGAGCCCCAGCAGUGGCAGUGAAAACAGCUGGGAGCGGGUUUAG